AGCAAAAGUGACUGUUUCUACUGCAGAUUAUAGGCUAGCAAGUGUUGCACAUUAUUAGCUGAUGGGGUUAGAGAUGGCAAGCUAACCUCGUUUUGCUAAAAUGGCUACUGUUGUUCAACCAAGCGCUAACUUAAACCCAGAUACCCCCGGGCAAAACAUGCUGUCAGUGAGAUAAUUAACUGAUUGCCGAGGUUACUCAAAAUGUAAUUUAAUCAUGGCAUUAUUUGCCGUGAUGCUGAUAGCGCUGUUAUAAUGAACACAAUCAAUGUAUUGCAUUCAUGUGAAUUCGGGUUUGUCUAGGACUUCACUUGCAAGCUGUCGAUGUAGCUAGCGCAACGAUAAUGCAGUUUUACUUUUCUUGUUUGCAUUGAAUGUGUUGUACUGUAGCUAAACGGAAUUGUUUACCUAAAUGUCUUGUCAGCUACGGUUUCAACUCGCUCAGAUAAUUUCAGCAUUAACGUUGCAUGUUAAGUUGAUUCAAGGUGAUCUCUGAAGAAAACUGUCUUUGCGUUUUAUGCUGUCUUAUCGAUUCUCUAAGAAUGCUAAACUGAAUUAAAGCAUGUAUUGCACUGAAAUAGAUAAUUUCUAGAUGAAAUCUAACAACCCCAGACAGAAUGGAUAAUAUUAGGCAUCUCUUUGAAACCUGACUAAUUGCUAUAUAGGUCGGUCGUAGACUGGAGCAUCCGUGUGAAGCCAGGCUAUGGUUUUAACCUACUCAGAACAUAGUGUACAGACGUGCGCAUCUGCCAGACAUUCCUAAUUUUGUUUUUGUAUUGAUCGCGCAGCGUGUGUUUGUUUCGACCAGAUUGAGGCGUGUGGACUGUGCGGCACUUUUUAUGGUCGACGUGUAUUAUAUUUUGAACUUGCAAUUCACAUUUUCAGGGGUUGCUGCGAGGCAAUCUUGUGAUGGAGAAUUGUUUUCAGCACCUCUCCGCGUCUGCCCGAUGUGCCCACACCCCUGCACGGCGCGCACGUAGCAUGCUGUCUGGCUGUCAACUCCGUCUCUGAUCUGCGAGCGAACGAUACCCGGGGCCAGCGGCAGCGACCGGGGGUGGGGCGGGGGGACAGGCAGAUUGUUGACUUUGCGUUUUUCUCAUGGGCGGGGGUUCUGGAUGAUGCAGACUGGUCCAACACUGGGAGAAAGACCGAGCAUCUCGGUGCAUUUUAUUGUCUGCCUCGUGAAGCCGUUAGCCUCCAUUCAAACUAUGCUGUGCCCAUUUGAAAGACGCAGCGCGUCACGGUCCGCCACUUUACUCAGAGCUUGCUUUAAACUUUUCUCUAUUGAGUCAGAAACAGUCAAAAGCUGCUACGGCGGUUAUAAAUAAAAGCAACGAAAGUAGGACAGAGUUAGUACUCUGCGGGGUACAUAUUUAACCCCAAUUUAUUUUUGGACAGGUUGAUGGUUUUUAAUUCGUGUUACCGCGGCUACCACCGAUAACGUAGCUAACUGGAACAACUUGUUCGGCUCCUGUGAUUGUGGUGAGCACAAGCUGAUCCUGACGUAAGACACUGGACCUGGACCUGGCGCUGCACUGAUGUAGCGGUCCUGGCCUCCGCCCGUCUCCCGACCUUCUCGUCUACCUCCGGCCCGCCCCAGUAAUGCGCUGGGGCCCCACCUCCUCCGCCAGACCCCCCCUCCCAGCCCUCCGCACCGCGCGCCCCCGGCCCUGGGAACGAGGCUCCAGACGCCUAAUCAAUAAGGUGUGAGGCAGGACGCGGCGAGCGCCUGGCAUGGCACAAGCGCUGAGUCGGCAGCCGUGAAGAGGACCGGCUCCUUUCUGCUCCAUCCUCCGUGUCGCUUUGUCUGGUGUCCGUGCGUGCACGCUCCCGCCAUCGCCCGGCCGCAGAGACCCAUUGGCCUAGAGAGAGAGCGAAGAUCGAUAGAGAAACAUACGUACCUUUCUCCCCUUUGUCUUUGUUUUCCUUUUUUUUUUUUUUUUUUACUCCCAGAGAAGUUUGGGAGUGGGGUGGUGGGUGUGGUUCUGGUGCCGGUGCUGGGUCAGUGUAGCCGAGCCUGUGGUUUCCGGUGCCGGUGCUGGUUCAGUGUGGUUCUGGUGCCGGGUCAGUGUCGAGCGUGUGGAAGCUGGGGAGAGACUCGUGGGAUGCGACCAUGUCGGACCUCACAGAGCGCCGGCCGGUCAACUCGGACUACGCCGUCUCCCUGCUGGAGCAGCUCAAGUUCUUCUAUGAGCAGAAGCUGCUGACCGACGUGGUGCUGCUGGUGGAGGACGCAGAGUUCCCCUGCCACAAGAUGGUGCUGGCCACCUGCAGCUCCUACUUCAGGGCCAUGUUCAUGAGCGGACUGAGCGAGAGUAAGCAGACGCACGUGCACCUGCGGAACGUGGACCCCGCCACGCUGCAGAUCAUCAUCACCUACGCCUACACCGGCAACCUGGCCAUCAGCGACAGCACUGUGGAGCCUCUAUACGAGACAGCCUGCUUCCUACAGGUGGAGGACGUGCUCCUGCAGUGCCGGGACUACCUGGUGAAGAAGAUCAACGCCGACAACUGCGUGCGCAUGCUGAGCAUCGGCGACCUCUUCAGCUGCAGCGAGCUGAAGCAGAGCGCCAAGCGCAUGGUGGAGCACAAGUUCCCGGCGGUGUACCGGCAGGAGGCCUUCCUGCAGCUGUCCCACGAGCUGCUGCUGGACCUGCUGAGCAGCGACAACCUCAACGUGGAGAAGGAGGAGACGGUGCGCGAGGCGGCCAUGCUGUGGCUGGAGUUCAACAUGGAGGCGCGCUCGCAGCACCUGUCCUCCGUGCUGGGCCACAUCCGCAUCGACGCGCUCUCCGAGGUCACGCAGCGCGCCUGGUUCCAGGGCCUGCCGCCCAACGACAAGUCGGUGGUGGUGCAGGGCCUCUACAAGUCCAUGCCCAAGUACUUCAAGCCGCGGCUGGGCAUGACCAAGGAGGAGAUGCUGAUCUUCGUGGAGGCCGCCGCCGCGGACUCGCCGGCCGACGGGCCGGGGCCGGGGGCGGGGCCCGGCCCCCACGCCGUGGUGUGCUACAGCCCGCAGGCGGAGAAGGUGUACAAGCUCCGCAGCCCGCCCGGCGGCCUGCAGAAGGUGGGCACGCUGGUCACGCCGGACAACGACAUCUUCAUCGCCGGCGGGCAGAUCCCGCUCAAGACCUCCGUGGCCAACCACGGCAAGGCCGGCGGGGGCGGGGGCGGGCCGGGGGCCGGCGGGGGCGGCGGGGGCGGGGCGGGGGGCCGGCUGCAGGCGGUCUUCCGCUCGUCGGACGGCUUCUUCUGGUUCGACGCGCAGCAGAACGCCUGGGUGGCCAAGUCGCCCAUGCUGUGCGCGCGCGUCCGGCCGUCGCUGGUGCACUGCGACGGCUUCAUCUACGCCAUCGGCGGGGACAGCGCGGGCGGCGAGCUCAACCGGCGCACGGUGGAGCGGUACGACCGCGAGCGCGACGACUGGACCAUGGUCAGCCCGCUGCCCGCCGCCUGGAACUGGAGCACGGCCGUGUCCGCGCGCGACUGCAUCUACGUGCUCACGCACGACCUCACCUACUGCUACUUCCCGCGCGCCGACGCCUGGGUGGAGAUGGCCCCGCGCAAGACCAGCCGCUGCUUCGGGUCCGCCGCCGCCUUCGGCGACCUGCUCUUCUACGUGGGCGGCCUGCACGUGGUCAGCAACUCGGGCGUGCGCCUGCCCGCCGGCACGCUGGACGGCUCCUCGGUGGCCGUGGAGGUGUACGACGCCGCCAAGAACGAGUGGCGCCCCGGCGCCAACAUCCCCGCCAAGCGCUACUCCGACCCCUGCGUGCGCGCGGCGCCCCUGCUGGGCGCGCUGUGCGUGUUCAUGCGCGAGACGCACAUGAACGAGCGCGCCAAGUACGCCAUCUACCAGUACGACCUGGAGCUGGAGCACUGGCACCUGCGGCAGCCCGUGUCGGAGCGCGUGCUCUGGGACCUGGGCAAGGACUUCCGCUGCGCCGUGGGCAAGCUGUACCCGUCCUGCCUGGAGGAGACGCCCUGGAAGCCCCCCACGUACCUCUUCUCCCCCGACGGGGCCGAGGAGUUCGAGAUGGACGGCGAAAGGGUGACCCUCCCGCACGUAUAGCUUUCUGAACGCACCUCCCCCCCCCUACCCCCGUUCGUUAUCCUCUCUUACCUCCACCUGCAAAACUGAACUCCUAAAAG